AUGAACCAGCAGCGGCAGGCAGAGAAGGCUCUCCAUGACCAAACCAACAUCCUCCCAAUCGGACAACUGCUCGUAGUUUUUGCAGGAUUGUCAGUGUCGCUGCUUGUUGCUUUUGUGGAUCAGAAUGGCAUCAGCGUCACACUUCCUACCAUCGCGAAAGACCUCAACGCACAGAACGCCAUCUCCUGGGCCGGUACUUCAUCCUUGAUUGCCAACACUAUGUUCACGGUGCUAUACGGCCGCCUGUCGGACAUCUUCGGCCGGAAGGUCGUCUAUCUCUCCGCACUGGCUAUGCUCUGCAUCGCAGAUCUGCUCUGCGGCUUGUCGCAGGAUGCGCCCAUGUUCUAUGUCUUUCGAGGCAUGGCAGGACUUGCAGGAGGCGGAGUCACCUCACUGACAAUGAUCAUCGUGUCCGACGUCGUCACCCUCGAAGAGCGUGGGAAGUAUCAAGGGAUCCUGGGCUCUGCGCUGGGACUCGGUAAUGUCAUCGGCCCCUUCAUCGCAGCAGCGUUCAUUGUACGGUCCACCUGGCGCGGAUUCUUUUGGUUAUUGUCCCCUUUAGCAGCUCUUUCUGCAGUGGUUGGCUACCUCUUGAUUCCUAACAGUGCGCGCAAAGACGGAUUUUGGAACAACGUGCGCAAGAUCGACUUCUUCGGAUUGCUAGCAUCGUCAACUGGGAUUAUCUUCUUGCUCAUCCCCAUAUCUGGGGGUGGAUCAUACUUUCCUUGGGACUCUGCGAUGGUCAUUAGCAUGCUUACCAUCGGGACCUGCUCUCUGAUUGCAUUUAUCUUUAUUGAGUGGAAGGUGGCCACCCUCCCUAUGCUUCCAGUGGUCUUCUUCAGGAACCCAGUUAUCACCACUUUUCUCGUUCAGAGUUUUCUACUAGGCGCCGUGUAUCAGUCGUAUCUAUACUACUUGCCUCUGUACUAUCAAAACGCUCGAGGUUGGUCACCUAUCGUUUCCGCGGCCUUAACGACCCCCAUGGUUUCAUGCCAGUCCAUUUUCUCCAUUCUAUCGGGCCAGUACAUUUCACGCUGCAAAAGAUACGGGGAGGUGAUAUGGGCCGGCUUUGGUAUUUGGACAUUAGGCGCCGGCCUAAUUCUCAUAUUCUCCCAACACACACAUCCGGCAGUCAUCGCCGUGAUUGUUGCCGUAGUUGGCAUCGGCCUCGGCUUUACCUUCCAACCGACAUUAGUUGCUCUCCAGUCUCACUGCACAAAGUCUCAACGUGCAGUCGCCAUCUCUAACCGAAACUUCUUCCGCUGCAUGGGUGGGGCCUGCGGACUGGCUGUCUCUGCAGCACUUCUGCAGGCGACUCUCCGAUCAAAUCUCCCGGAAAACUACAAGUAUCUAGCUCAUUCCUCGUAUUCAGUCCCAGCUAGGUCGACGAUACCAGAUGCGCAGUGGAUGCAAAUUCAAUCCGCGUAUGCCAAAGCGUCGAGAUCUGUAUUUACUUUGCAGGUCCCGCUGAUUGGUGUGUGCUUCCUGGGUUGUAUUUUUCUGCGGGAUAGGGGAUUGGAGAGACCGAAGGAAACCGAAGAUGAGGAAACUCAUCGUAGAGGGGUGACUAUGACUCAGACAGCUCUUGAGGGAGGAGAAGAAAACGGAGCAGAUGGUGAUGCGGCCAUUGCUGGAAAGUCUCCAUCCUCUGAUUUCAACAUGCAUGAGGAGAGAUCGCAGGGUGUAGAAGGUGCCGCAUUGCCCAGUUCAGAUCCUUCAUCGACGGCGAAGAAAACUGAAAGCGAGAAGAAAAUAGUGCUUGGAGGAGAAGACAGACUAGGUGUAGCCAUUCCGACUGGGGAGUGAACCUUUUUUGCUCAUCUCCUUCAUUCAGACGGAAACACAUUUAUACAUCUACACAAAGCAUAGAGAGAAUACACAAAACCCUAACCUGGCGCAUCUGGAAACCAGCCUGAGAGAUCGGGCAAAUCAAAGCGUCCCAGGAACACAAAUUCAUCCGGAUCAGAACCCAUCUCAUCCCAACCCAUAAGGGCAUUACUGAACCGGCUGAAGGAUUCAUGAUCUUUUACCCCAUGAAUCUCUCCACGAACGUCGCGGAUCCCUGCACUGGACUUAAGCUGAUCUCCUGAAUAUCGAGAUGCCAUGUCCCCCUGAACUGAUGCAGCAGCCCCAAGUUGACCACCAUUAAUCCCGGGGGAAUCCUCAUUUACAACAGCCCUGGAGGGUGAAUAAUAUUGAACAAUUUGAACAUAAGUCGCCCGGAGCAGAUCAAGCGAAUUCCUAGCAGACAAACUGAAUGUAGCCAUAUUAUCCAGAAUCCGCUCGCACUUAUGCCAUGUCCGAUCGAUGAUGUCUACGCCGAUACGUUCCAGAAUCGAGCGACAUGAAUAUGACAUGAUGAGGAGGGUUCCCGCGGUGGAGGUGUAGAAGCCGUUAUACCACCAUGCGUCUGUGGCCGGGGUCUGGUACGUGUCGUAGAUGAGGGAGAUGAGGUCCACAGCCGCCAUGACGCAGGCUACAGCGCAGUUUGAGGCGAUAGAUGAGUAGACAAUGUUUCUAUUUAGGGUUUUAUUGGCGUCUGAUUUCGAGGAAGCCGACGACGACGACGUCUGCGUUGAGGAUCGUGUUUCUCCUGCAUUUUCGGAACAUAGCCGAGUGAAUAUGGGACGGUAGAGGAGUAGACGAAGAUGAAUGA